AUGGCUGACGUCCUUACAUCGAUCGGAGUCGUCCUUGGCGGCGUCGCCGCAGGCGCCAUUGCUGCCCCAGUCGCAGUCCUUCUGUUCGGAUUUGGCACAGGAGGUGUCGUAGCAGGCUCGUUGGCGGCUGGAACUCAUGCCACCAUCGGAAACGUCACAGCAGGUUCUAUUUUUGCGUUCAUGCAGUCUAUGGGAACUAUGCCACUCCUCUCUGGUCUCUACGGCAGCAUCGCCGGCGGCUUAGUAGGAGCUGUUGGAGCCAUUUUUGUUUGA